AUGGCCGAAAACAUCCCCCCGGGCGGCCAAACAACCACAAACACCAACACCGCCGACCAACCCGGCCGGCCCUACUACGAAUCCCUCCGCGCCAACCUGCGCCAAAUCCUGGAGAAGAAACGCAAGCUCGACGAGCAGCUGGCGGCAGUGGAGGACCAGAUCUUCAAGAACGAAGGCAGCUAUCUGGAAGAGACGUCCAACUCGGGGAAUAUUGUGCGGGGGUUUGAUGGUCGGAGCUCGGUGGGGUGGAUGCGGGCACAGGAGGGAUCCGAUUCCAAUCCCACGUCGCAUGCGCCUACGCCUACGGGCUCUUUUGCGCCGCAGCUGAGUACGCGGGAUUCAGGGACGGGGAGUGCGGCUCGCUCGCAUAAUAAGAAGAAGAGACCGAAUGAUCGGGAGGAGGACGAGGAUGGGAAAGCUACGAAGAGAGGCAAAAUCAGCUACGCGCGGGAGUAG